AUGAGCUCCAAGACCUUCCGACCCCUCCUCGACUUCUCUCCCCGCCUCUGCUCGAGAGUUGUUUCACCAUCUUCAUCUUCCCUCCGACCCAGUCUCUUCGCAAAGUCCAACUUUGUCUCUUCUUCACCUACCAUCAGAUACUUCUCUGCAUCAUCCGCCAAAAUGACCAAAGUCUGGUUCAAGGUUGAGUGGGAGGGCCCCGUCCUCGACGCCAACAACAAGCCCACUGGCACCGUCAAGGCCCAGAGCGGUACCAUCAACUUCAAGCUCUACUCCGAUGUCGUCCCCAAGACCGCUGAGAACUUCCGCGCUCUCUGCACUGGCGAGAAGGGCUUCGGCUACAAGGGCUCUUCCUUCCACCGUAUCAUCCCCGAGUUCAUGCUCCAGGGUGGUGACUUCACCCGUGGCAACGGCACUGGUGGCAAGUCCAUCUACGGCGAGAAGUUCGCCGAUGAGAACUUCCAGCUGAAGCACGACAAGCCCGGCUUGCUCUCCAUGGCCAACGCCGGCCCCAACACCAACGGCUCCCAGUUCUUUGUCACCACCGUUGUCACCUCGUGGCUUAACGGCCGCCACGUCGUCUUCGGCGAGGUCGCUGACCAGGAGGGCCUGAACAUUGUCAAGGCUCUUGAGGCCACCGGCUCCCAGAGCGGUGCCGUCAAGUACAGCAAGCGCCCCACCAUCGUCGACUGUGGUGAGGCGUAA